AUGGGAAGAAGACUCAGAAGGCUUCGCCACAGAAAAGUAGAUCGAUCGCAUGUGAAGUUUUUAAUCAAAAAGCCCUCUCUACGAUAUGACCCUUUCUUCAUCAGAACUCUACAUGCAGAAAAAUACAGCGAAGGUAAUGGUCAGAGAUACAGGUUGAGCAGAAAGGAUCUCAUGUUAUACAAGGCAAGAUCCAUGGAAAGAUUUCAUUCAGACUAUACAGAAUACCAGCUUAUUGGAGAAGAUGACUAUCAUCAAGUCUUUUUCGAAAUUCCGAAGGAACCUCACAUUCAGAAUAUCUACGCCAGCACAGCUUUCCAGCUUCAGAUUGGUUCGAUGACCAUGAUCAAACUUCAGAAGAAAACUUUAUGCAUGACGUCAAAACAGAAUCUUCUGGCAGAAUCCAGCCAUACUGAUGGGAGGCAUUACCAGAAGGAAAGUAGUCCAACUCAAUGUCUUACGCAUCAGUGGCAUUUGAAUGAAAGCAGUAAGUCAGUGGCCAAGAAUCAUCGAUUUUGGAGUUACCAGCUCAUGGGAAUUUCUUUAAGUAAGAACGAUCCCCAGCCCUCUUCGUCUUCUCGAAAGGAAGCGAGUGACUCAAGACAUUGUUUCUAUGAAAUAUUAACUCCCCACUCCUUCGAGCAAAUGCCAUACACUUUCGUUUCUUUCCACCAAAAGGUCACACGCAAACUCAUUUGA